AUGGCGUCAAGAGAGGGGAACAGCAUUUCAGCUAAUUGUGACGACGUCGCAGAUGAACCGCGGUGUCCCAGGUGCUUCUGUGCCUACCUUCAGCCCACCGAAACCCACGCUGUCGGCGAUGACCUGUUCAACGUCACCGUUGCCAGCAGCAACAGUGCCUGGCGCAGUCUCAGCAGUAGUGUUUACCGGUCUGCCGAGGAGUGGGGCGUCUUGUGGACACAAGUGUUCCCCCUUCACAUCUCCGUCUACCUCUGCGUGAGAGACGUGAUCGAGGUCUCACAAGUCUGCCGGAUGGCGCACAGCGCAGUGCAGCAGACGUGGGUCUGGCGGUCGCUCGCAGAACACCACCAUUCUAUCCAGCCAGCUGCGCUCGAGCGGACAUUUUCGAUGGCUGCUCGGCAAUGGGGUGAGGAGAGACCGACCGAGACGCCGCAGCGCUUGCGCGCAUGCAGCCCUCUGCCUCUGCUGACUGGGACGAAUCGCCGUACUGCUCAGCGCAGCCUGCAUUUCCGGGCCGAAACAACCGCCCACACAGCCACCGGGGACGACGAGGACGCAUCCACCGAGGAGGCAGAAACGGACGAGCUCGACACUCUCUCCGACGAAGAAGCUGCACGCGAGCUUGACACAACGCAGUUGCCACGGUACACGGACGCUGCGAUGUCAUCGUCGCCGGCGAUGACCGCUGCGGGUGCUGCCUCCAUUCCUGCCUUGUCCACAGCUGUAGUGGAGGAGGUGAGUUCCUCUCCCCCUCAAUCUGGUCAAUCUGCUCUGCAGUCUGGCACCUCCGCCCGAUUCCUAUGGCAGGCAACCGCCGCUGCAAUGCCGUCGCCGUCCAGCCCAGUGUCGUCCCCUCCGCCUGAGGAUGACGAAGCCGCAGACGCCUCAGGGGCGCCCAUUGUCACACCGCUACCACACGAAGCCGCGAGGAGGGCCCCUGCGCCCUUGCUCUCGAUGGUUACUGCAGCGGCCGCCACCGGAUGCGGGGCGGAGCAGCCUUACAUGUGUGCCCCACCACACUCAGCCGUGCUGACAUCUCUCACGGAAGGUCAGUGCAGCAGUACCUUAGCCCCCAGAAAUAGCGCGGGUACCUUUUCAGUCGAAAAAUGGUGUGCACGGCGGUGGCCUGCGGCACAGGAGUGCCUUCCUCCGCCCUCACCGGCGCUGAAUAGCUCGGUGACAGGCGCCGAGGCGACCACGGAUGGCGACGCGUCGUCGCGGACUUCAUUCUCUGCUGGGUCAUUGCGCUGCCACCCCUCCUACGUGCUGGAGAUGGCGACAGAGGUGACAGUGGACGGGGCGGCCGGUCUCAGCAGCGCUGCUCAUAGUCGGCGGUUGCCUGAGCAGGUGCCCGUAUCAACCGCAGCAGUCUACUCUUUUACCUUGUGUAGAGCCACUGCUGAGCGGACGGUGCUGCACAGCGCGCCGGAGUUCCCGUGGAGGGCGUUCACGCAGUACCUGCACAUCAACCGCGUCCAGCGCAGCCUCUCGCAGCUGAAGGCGCUGUCAAGCAUCGCGCGCGCCGAGCUGUGCCGAGGCGGUGCCUGGGACGCUGCGUACAGCGCCUUGAGUCGUGCCAUUCAUGUUCUCUUCCAGACUGGCAGCUGUCGCAGCGUGGAGCACCUUACACACCUGACCGAGACGCUGGUGCGACGUGCGUCGCUCUGUCGCCAUCGCGGCCACCUCUACGUUCUGGCAGCCUUUACCGACUUAUCGGUGGCAUGGAUGCUGUGCCCGGACAGCACCGCGUCCUCUGAGCUUGCGGAGCUGUGUGCUCGAAAGGAGCUGGCGCAGGAGUCGCCUGCAACGUGGCUGCAGCGGUGCAACGACGCAGCACACGUCGCAACUCCGGUGGCGCUGCUCGGCAUUAUCGCGCAAGUCCCGGCGCUCUUCCCUCAGAAUCGUGCCCUGUGCCUCUGCAGCGCGCUCACCUUCUACAUUCAUGCCAAGCGGUCGCUGCGACACUCACUGACGCACCUUCUGUGCCGCGCUGCAGAGUGUAUGACCCCUGGCACAGAGGAGGAGCUGCUCGUUACAGCGCUCCGCGAGGUGGCCGCCGCGCAACAGAGCAAGGAGUUAGCGAGUGCCCAGAAGGCUUGCACAACCGCCGACUACGCUUUUUCGCUGCUCCCCCUGCAUGUGCGCAGCGCAGCCGAGACGCUGACGGCAGCGUGGGUGCGGGACUGCUUCCCGCCUGACGGGCCAGCGUCCACCGCAACCAUCACGGACUGGGCUGACGUGGCCCCCGAGUCUCUUGCGUACAUCCGCGCCACGCCGUUGGAGGUGCGCUGGCUGGCUUGGCUGGUCUGUGAGGUGAGGUGGUUCGCCUACGAAGAGCUGAUGGGCCCGCUGCCGUGCCAGACGGCACUGCUGUGCAUCGUGUUCGGUCCUACCACGAGCAGCCGCGCUGACGGGCUCGUGCGGCUGUCGAUGCAGUACGCAAACGCUGAUGUGCGCAGCGAGGACUUGCGGCCUGCCCUGCCGCACGGAACGAGCCGAGGCCACCUUGCCCAGAACCUUUUGGAGAGCGCUCUUCAGUUGCGUCCGCUGCAUCCCACUGCCGCCCUCCUGCUUGCGCGCAUGCACGCGCGUGACGUGGAGGGCCUGGGCAGGGCGAAUACGGUGCUGACCGACAGCAUUCACGCGUGGGCACAGCGCUUCAGCAUGCUGGAGUUGCGCAGCUUAGCGGAGGUGAAGGUUGGCAUCGCACCAGAGGACCGGCAGGCGCCGCCUGCGCGUGAGAGCGCCACCGUGCUUACCUAUUUGCACCGGCGCGAUCGUCGCCCGGAAGUCUGCUUCAUCCCGUCGGAGCUGCUCGUGGAGCGCAGCCGGUGCCUGCAUACCAUCGCUGACAUUGCGGAGGCGACGGAGCAGCACCCGACCCUGUCCUACCCUUACCAGAUGCGUGCUGCCAUGGCCAUGGACCGCGGCUACCACCUUGCUGCCGUCAUGGAGCUGAAUCGCAUCAUGACGCUCACCAUGGACCCGAACGACAUCGCGCUGCGGGUGCGAUUUCUGCAAGACGCCAUCGCCAUGACGUCGAGCUCGACCGAAGCGGAGGCAUUAGGGACGGCAUUAGGGACGGCGGCUGAGGGAGUAUCAGAUCUCGUCUCCGGAGGGACCGCCGCGGCUUCCGGUGGCAACGGCAGCAGCGAUGGUGAACUGGCGCUGCCGUCGAGCGCGAGCACAUCGCCGCUCUCGUCGCUCCAGCUUGUCCCGCUCUACCGUGCGUGGGCGGCGAAGAUGUUGGGCCUUCUCACCUUGCUGCGCCUUCCAGUGUUGACGAGCCAUGGCAGUCUGCAGCCACGCUCCCGCUUCCCAGGUCGAGAGUGGCUGCCAGCUCCAAGCAGCGCAGUAUCCUCCACGUCUUCGGAAGGACACGUCUCGCGUGUCGCGAGCAUGGCGUUUAGCGAUGGCGACGACGAGGCGACGUUGAUGGGCGCGGCGACCGAUGAAUUUGACGCCGCACAUGUACUAGCCUUUCUCGAAGAUUUGCUUUCACCGACUGCUGCUCCUCUCACUUUGACGGCCGUCAACAAGGGCGCUCGCACACCUGCGCACACUCGUUGA